GGGCAGAGAGAGCUCACCCAGACACUCAACAGACAGGAUGCAACCCAUGUUUCUGGAGGGACCGAUUUCACCUGCGCACCUCUAAUCAAGCAUGAGUAUAAAAUGUUUGGAGUUAGCUCGGCGAGCCCUCUUAGCUCGGUCUCCUCAGCCUACUGACAGCUCAUGUUCAACCACAGACGCAACUGGCAGGAACAGCAACGUGUUGUCCGGCAGCGACUCAGUCAGUUGGGGCUUUGACUGGGAAUCGUAGGGUCGCCAGUUCAAGUCGCCGAACAGACCUAAAAUAUGGAGUAUGGAAUGAUACCAGGAGAGGUCCCAGUUCACCUCCUGGGCCCGGAUUAUUUAGUAGGUGCACAUGAGGUCAUGAUUAGGGCCUCGCACCAACCCUGCAUAGUUCUCAAUGCCACAAAGUGUAACUAACACACACCCAUGUAAACAAAGUUUAGCACCUCUGGGUUCAGGCCUCCAGAGUUUGACGAAGUGGUUCACAUGCUGACUUUGAAGAGUUAAUGAGAUCCAUGGAGGGUGAGGAAACGUGAUAAAGUAUUACGUCUGAGGGAAACAGGUCUGAUCUCUGCAUGAACACACAUGAGGUGCAGAUGGGGGCUGUAUCUCUUCAUGAAUCAAACACAUGUUGUGCAAUGUUAAUGCAAUGUUCAUGGUAAGACUUAUUUUCUGAGAUAACUCAUUUGUUUUAGAACCUGCCUGUGUCAUGUUUGAGUUUGAGUUCUUCAUGGAUGGUGGCUUAAAUGUAACAUACAUUGCUUUAGGUGGGUAUGUUGGGAUGGGCAAAUUCAGGUAUUUGUAUUUUUUCAUUAUGCUUACUGUAUAUAUUCUAACGAUGUUCUUUAGUUCAACUAUUAUGUGCGUCAUUUGGAAGCACAAGAACCUCCAUGAGCCUAUGUACUUCUUUAUCGCAGCGUUGCUGCUGAACUCCAUUGUUUACAACAGUGCUAUGUACCCGAAGUUGUUAGGGAACUUUGUCUCUGAGAAACCCAUCAUAUCAUAUUCAGCCUGUCUCAUUCAAUUCUUCAUAUAUUACACCUUAUGUGCUUCUGAUUUCUUCCUGUUGUCAGCCAUGGCCUAUGACAGAUAUGUGUCUAUAUGUAAGCCUCUGCAAUAUCCUACUAUAAUGAGAACAACGACAGUGAGUGUGAUCCUCUGUUUGGCUUGGCUUGUGCCUGCCUGUCAGCUUGCAGUUUCAGUAAUUCUGGUUAUUAAUACAAAAUUCUGUCAUUUGAAUUUAAAAUCUUUUUUUUGUAACAACUCAAUUUACAAUCUCUUCUGCAUCAGUUCAAAAGAAAUAGCCUUAUAUGAUGUGUAUGCUCUGUUCAGCAUGGCCCUUUUACCUUUGCUCUUCAUACUCUUCACAUACACCAGAAUACUGAUCAUAUCCUAUCGCAGCGGUAGAAACGUCAGGAGGAAAGCUGCACAGACCUGUUUACCCCACCUCAUAGUUCUGUUCUGCUUCUCCUGUUUGUGUGCAUAUGAUGUUAUUAUAAUUCAACUUGGAUCUGAUUUACAUUCCAUCAUGACUUUACAGGCCUUCUUGUAUUACCCCCUCUUUAAUCCAGUUAUAUACGGACUGAAAGUGAAGGAAAUCUUUAAACACCUGAAGAAGUUGUUCUGUCGAGCAAAGUGGACCUGAUGUAUUAACAGUGGUGUUGCAGUAAGGGAUGCUGAUGUGCAGUCGUUUCUUCCCGGAUCAUCGGCACAGAUGUGAAUGUUUUCUUUACUAUGCGUUGUACACUGUGUCUUCAGUUUGAACAAUGAAAUGAAUACUUAAUA